AUGUCUUACUUGACCAUAAUCUUUGUUUGUCUAGCAAUAUUAAGUCAAUGCCAAGCUGAUUUGAUAGGUGAUUUUUGCGCCAAAUCCAACAAUCCCUCUCUAUGCGUUCAAGUUUUAAGAUCCGACCCUCGGUCCAGUGGAGCAAAUGCUCGAGGACUGGCUGAGAUCGCGCUUGAAAAUGCAGUAUCGGCCACACAAGCCUCGAUAGACGUGGCCAAGUCAGUGUCCAAUCCCGGCAACAAAGGAAUAAUUGACACAUGCAUCGAAGUCUUCGGCGAUGCUGUGGACACAUUGAAUGAAUGCAAGCCGUUGAUACCGAAGCAAGAUAUGGGUAGCAUCGGUACACUACGAAUCAAAGGAUCGGCAGCUCUAACUGAUGUUAAUACAUGCAGCGAUGAAUUUGGAGCAAACGAGCCACCUCAAUUGACACAAGCCAGUGCUAGGGCCUAUACAUUCGUUCAGUUGCUUCUCAUUAUUGCUAAAACAUUGCAAUAG